AUGAACCCCUCCAAUGGCUCCUCGCUGUCCACGUCCAAGAGCAACUCGACACUGCGCCCCCGCACCCGAAGACUGAUCUCGGUGGAAGAUGACAUCUAUGCGACGAGUGGAAGUGAGAGCGGACCCAGUAGGGCCACGUCGAGAUUGAACUCGCGGAACACAUCUCCCACCCCGAAUGCACGCACGGGCGGCGCUUCCUCGUCCCGUCUAAACGUCACCUCUGCCCCUUCGUCCUCCUUCCAAAGGUCCUCGGGCACCUCGACCCCGAAAUCGCCCUCCCAAACACUUUCCGGCCUAUGGGGAAACUCGCUGGCGGCUAUUCAGGGCAUUGCCGCUACUGUCCUGGCCAGUGACGGUACCUCGGACGAACCUGGAAAUACUCGCAGACGUAAACCGGGCCAUGGGCGUCGGACGUCGACAAGCGCCCCGCCGCCGAAACACUGGGGUCCUGCAGGCGCAGGCUCGCAUGUCGGAGCUGGAACACACGAAGAGAGAGAGGCCAUGGUCAGAGCGAUGAAGCGCAAAGAUCUACUGACCGCCGGUGAGCAUCUGGUACCGGACUCUGUCGGCCGCAUAAAGCGCAGGAAUUCGGAUGAACGGAUCAGCGCUUCCGCACCUCCCAGCGAGAACGACGACCGAGAUGCACUUGUAUACAUACAUCACGUUCGCCCGCAGGACACGUUGGCGGGACUGAGCAUCAAAUACAACUGCGAGCAAGCUGUGCUACGGAAGGCCAAUCGUAUGUGGCCGAACGAUAGUGUACAGAUCAAGAAGCAAGUCGUCCUGCCAGUAGAUGCGUGUGGCGUAAAAGGGAAACGAGUCCAAGGCCCGGAUGCUCUCCCUGCCGAAGAUCUGUUACUGGGAGAGUACGGCGAAGAUUCCAAUAGCAAGGCUCCACUUUCGGAUACUCAAGGUCUUCCUAACGGCUGGACCACGCCAAAGAAGAAAGACCAAGAGAACGACUCCGUCCCCUCAUCUGACCCAGAGACACCAUGGACACAUGAUUCAUGGGUUCUUCUGCCUAAUGACAAACAGCCCACACAGAUUGGCCGCAUGCCACGAAGAGCGCUUGGCUUUUUUCCACCCGCUCGACGAAAGUCUCUCGCGUACUCCGAUGCGUCGACCCCCCGGGCUUCUGUCGACCUUCCACGCUCGUCCACCUCCACAAAUCCGCUCACUAGCUCUCCCUCGCAAUCCGUUCGACCGCGCGCGUCAAGCAACCUGUCAUCCGCCUCAGCCCACAGUCGUCAAAGAAGUACAUCAGGCAAAGCAUGGGGUCUGCAAGGCCCAGGGGGUGUCGGUACAAUGGGCAGGAAUGUGCGAAGCCCUGGGCCUGCGCAGGAUGGUCUGAACAAGAAAUUCGCUCAGUACCUGCCCAAUAUGGCUCCUCCACCCGGACAGGAAUACUUUACACCGUGGGCGCCGGGUUUGCUGGACGCAGGUGCAGGAACAUCAAGUCAGUAUGGCGGAUCCGGGGCUGUCACUCCGCUCAGUGGCAGCGGCUUGGAUUUCCAAGAGCUUGGGGGUGCUAUAGAAGGAUGGGUAAGGAAGGUCGGUACACAAGCACAGAAGCUUUUGAAUGAGCCGGGCACACCUGGACAAGGGAAACGCAGUGCCGUACCUGUCCUGGGAGCUGUCGGCGGUGAUCUGGGCGACCUCAUAGAACUCCAAGAUGAUGCCUUUGAGAUUGGAGAUGACGAAAGGGACAGGGGCAGAUCGAGGGCAGAGGAGACGCUUGCGUCGACGAAUGAGCGCUCAGUAUCGAGACCAGCACAGCAGUACCAGUCAGCACAACCAGACAUCAAUCUCGUCCUGAGAGAUAGGACGCGGAAAGGGGAAGGCAGCAAGAAGGAUUAG